UUUUAAUAAUUAACAAUGAGCCUAUUCAGUUUCAAGGUGAAUCUGACAAAGUAUGUUGUGAGAGACUUACACUACACCGGUUUCAUUUCUCAAAGGAUAUUUUCUUUUAACAGGGAAAGGAGCUUUGUGAUGUUAAACCUGUCGGUGUUGUUUGCGAUAUGUUUGUCAGUUAAAGAGGAAAGUGAAAGAUAAUUUGUUCUGGAUCCGACUGACAUCAGGCUUGACAGACUGAUGCAUGGCAAAAUGGCUGAAAGUGGACAAGCUGAAGCAGAUGGAGAUAUUGACGUCAGUGAACCACGGACAUUGGAUAGGGACUCACCUUACUCAAAAAGUUUAAAAAAUGGAGGAAAACAUAUAGAAAGUCCAGGCAAGGAUAAGCUUGGAGGUCGUUGGAAGUCUCUUAGAGCGAGUUUUAAAGUGGGAAAUGAACGGAGUCCUUUGACCUCAAACAGCAAAAAGUCAGAGAACACCAGCAAUGACCCAAACCAAAUCUCAGAUUCCCCAGUACGAUCUCCAGACUCUCCAGACUUGAAAACUGGAAUAACCUCACAAUCUCCCCAGAGUCAAAAAUCUUCCCUUACCAGAACUAUGUCAGAUUCUGCAGGAUCAAUAACAGGUAGUCUGGUAAAGAGAGGAACAUCACUAAGGCAAAGUUUGGGUCUAGGCACCAAAAAGUUCAAACGGGAACAACUAGAACCUGUUACAGAGGCCAAAACUUUACCUGAAGAGCCAAAUAAAGAGGUUAUAGACGGUGUCAGAGUAGAGGUCAGAGACACAUAUUGUUUACCAGAGAUUCCAACUCUGCCUCUGUCAGUAAUGGAGAUUAACAAACUGAUAGAGAUGGAAGUUUUGGAGGAGGCUUAUGUGAACCUGCUGUCCCUGCGUAUGGAGCUUCAACAUGAGCGCCAGACCCUGGAAAAUGAAGAUUGUCCCAUUGAGCUCGUCCAUAAAGAGAAAGAUCUCCAUUUGCUGUAUGGGACACUCAGAAACAAAAUGUCUAAUAUUGUACGCACAUCCAGCGCCAUGCCCUCUCGUAAUAAAGAGCUGUUAGUGUAUGUGGCCCACAUUAUUUUGGAGGAAGAGUCGAGGGAAGGACAACCAGGAGGCAUGCUGGGAUGGAGGGAGGCAUGGAGAGACGCAGUACGAGAUGGAGUUAGAGACACUUUGAAGAAAGUUCAUCUGGACAGCCUUGAACAAAACAUUUCUUGGUUGGCUGUGCAUCUGGGUCUCCUGGGCAAAGCGAUUGUAAAUGAUUUGGAGACAGUGAAGGCAGAACUUGUGAGCUCAUAUCCAGCAGACUUUAAUGUUUUUGAAACUUAUGUUUCCUGUCAUCGUGAGAUUGUGGAGGAGCAUUUGAAGGGGCUUCAGGAGAAGGUGACAGAAUUGAAAGAUCACUAUGCAUUCCUGGAUUUUAUUAUCCAUCGCUACCCUAGUGAGAAGAUAAUGGGCAGCAGCUCCUUACAACCAGAGAUGAAGGAAGAUUGGAAAGCUCUGCCAAUAAAUGAGGAUUUUCUUAAUCAGAUCAAAAGCAAAUACUGCAGUCGCUUACAGACUGACAUGAGAAAAUCACUCGACAGAAUUAUUGAUCUGGAAAAUGAGGAGAUGUGGAUAAACAGGAGAAAACCAACCAUAGAUGAAGGACUCUACAGCUCACACAUAGACAUGGACAUUUGUACGAAUAUUAAAGGACAUGUACAAGGAUCCAGCAGAAUUGAUGUGAACCUUGAGGAGAAAGUUUUGCGUUCCUGUCUGGAGGAACUGAAGCUAUUUCCGAAACGAUUUGAGUCAGCGUUUGUUGAAUGGAGCAGUAAUGUGUCUAACUUAUCUCUCUGGGCAGAGUAUCACAUCAGUUACAUAAACAGCUUUAGCGCCCUAAAAGAGCACAUGGACAGUUAUAAGGGACUUAAUAAGGGCUUAAUUCCACUGGAGCAGGUUCAAAAGGAAAUUGAUGGACUGACCAACAGAUUGAUUCAAAGUCUAAUGGAGCACUUUAAAACAAAUGUCAAGCCUUUUCUCAGGAGACAAAUGACAAGAAAAUGGUUUUCAUUUGAUGAUGAUUUUGCUCAGCUCAUCAAUAAAAUUAAAAGUCUUUCUGAACAGACCAAAUACAUGAGCCCAAUACAUAAACAGACUUUCGUAAAUGAAGCACACUUUUUUGUGGUGAAAGAAUAUGUAUCUCAACUCAUGAAGAAUAACUACACAUGCAAAAACCGAAAGAAUGAGACAGCAGCCUCUAAGAUCGCUGACCAAUGGGCCGAACUGAGAGAGCUUUUUCAAGCCAUGAAUUCCACAUUAGAUUGGCUCCAUCCAGUCGGUGACCACUUGAGCAAGAUCGUUGGAUGUAAAAAAAGUGACAUAUCACAUAACCUAAAGCCAUUGGUUGAGAACUGUCCUGAUUUCAGAAAGAGUCAUCUCUCAGCGGUGCUGUACUAUCGAGGAGUUAUCAGAGGACGGGAAAAACAAAUUGUACUGCGGCGAUUCAUGGAGCUGAAGCAGAAGAAUGAAGGGAAUAAAGAGCAUGUGCUCUUUAGUGAGAUUCAAGCAGCAGUAAACACAGACUGCUUCGCUGGUACACCCUUCACUUGUUUUUCCUUUAUUGUCCCGCACGGUUAAUAAAAACAACAACAAAAAACACUUAAUUUGGUUUGACCUUAGCCAUAUAGAUGUAAACAGUAAUGUGUGUGCCUACAUAAAUUAUUUAUAAUCUUAUAUUAUUUUAAGAUAAUCUUGACAAAAAUCAAUCACAUUACAGUUCUGAAUUACUUAUGUUACCAAAGCUGUUUAGUUUGUGUUUCUACAUGCAUCGCAGCGCAAGCAGUGUUGGACGCAUUACAAGUAACGUGCAUUACGUAAUAAUAUUACUUUUCUGAAGUAACAAGUAAAGUAACGCAUUACUUUUUAAAUGUACACAAUCAGUGUUGGGUGUAACUAGUUACUAAGUAAUUAGUUACUGUAAUUAAAUUACUUUUCCCUUGAAAAAGUAAAGUAAGGGAUUACUCUUAUUUUUCUUGUAAUCUAAUUACAGUUACUUCUGAUGUAACUAAAUACUGUGUAUGGACUCUAAAACUAUUAUGUUAACUGUAAUACAAAGGUGGAUUUUACAUGGUUUAAGUUUAAAAUUCUCACUAUUAACUGGUUGAUUAUUAGCAUUAAUAUUAAUGAGAUGCUGGCUGUUUAUUAAUGCUUAGCACAUAUCUGAUUCUGCAAAACCUUAUUCUACGUCCUUAACCCUCCUCAUUUCUAAUACUUAAAAUUAACAACUUCUUUAGUAUUAAUAAGCAGUAUUUGGAGUAUAUUGAGGCAAAAGAAGUUAAUAGUUAGUUAAUAGAGAUGAUUGGACCCUAAAGUGGGACCAGAAUAAUUGAUGUACUUUUAUAUAUUAUUUUUUCAAGCCAUUUCAAGCCUAUUCUUGUAUCAUGUACUAAAUAGGAUUUAGAAAGUAAUUAGUAAUAAGUAAUUAAAUACUUUUUGGAGAGAGUAAUUUGUAAAGUAAUCUAAUUACAUGAUUAAAGAUGUAAUUAGUAACUAGUAAUUAAUUACUUUUUUUGAGUAACUUACCCAACACUGUACACAAUACACAUUAACAUUUGGAUUACUUUUUCAAAAAAGUAAUGCAAGUUACUUUUUUAGUUUAAUUAAUUCGAUAAAAAAAUUAUGUACUGAAUUAAACUAAACGUAGUCACAUUAUGCACUCUAUGCGUACACGCCUGUGUAGGAACAGUUUGAGUCAGAAACUGAGAUGGCAGGCCAAAGCUCGACAUUUUUGUGACGAAAUAUGUAAUUUCUGAAUGCAGAACUUUUCAAGCAUAAAAACACCUGCAAGGCCUGAAAGAGAUCAAGCCUCAGCCAAGAAAAAGUAACGCAAAAGUAACUAAAAAGUAACGUAAGCAUUACUUUCCAUGAAAAGUAACUAAGUAACACAAUAAGCUACUUUUUUGGGGGAGAACUUAAUAUUUUAAUGCAUUACUUUUAAAAGUAACUUUCCCCAACACUGAUCGCAAGUGUUAUAAUUGCAUUGCUUGAAAUUCUGUAUUCGGGUUUAAACUUUCCUUUGGUUUUAAUUUUAUAACUCUUGCACUUGGAUUUUAGUCCAUAUUACAUUGGAAAGAAAUCUAUCCAACUGUCGCGUACAGUAUGUUACAAUGUGAACUAAUAUAUUUUAUUUAAAAAAAAAAGAAAAAGCUGUGAUACAACAUGUUCUCAAAAUCAUCUGUAAAUAAUGUGCAAUAAAUAACUGAUAUUGUAGAUAUGAUGUAUGCUCAUUUUAUUUACAGCAUAAACUAAAAUGUUAUGCUUGUCAAAUAUGUAACUGUUACGUAAUGUGGUGUGAAGAAGGCGAGGAAACAAAAUAAUAAUAAACUUUAAUUAGAAUAAACAAUAAACUGAAUGACAAACAGGAUAAUAUAUAUAACAUUAACAAGAUUGGACAAAGACUGGAAACAGGCAGGGGUAUAUACACAGACCACAGGUGAAGAUGAUGAUGAUAGUGAACGAGUAACAGGUGUGGACAAUGAAGACUAACUGAAACAUGGGGAAAACACUGUAACAGUAACCUAUAAACAUUGCUACAUGUGACUAUCGUGUGCUUAUACAUUUACUCUUCAUUAGUUUCAUAUCCUCAAACUGCCAUUCUUUAUGAGUUAAUUAACAUAUAUAGGGAUUGUUUGGGUGGUUCCCUUUACUUCCAGCAGCUCAACAGGUUCCAGUAAAGGCCAGGUUUGAAAAUGCACAAAUGUAUAAAAUAAUGUCACUUUGAAUAAAACCAAAGGUCGAAAUGUAAAAUCAGUUGUGAAACUUUACUUUUACUUACAGCAAUGGCAGUACAAUCUGGCAGGUGGUUUUUCCCCCACAGACAGGAUUUCAGGAGGUUAGAUGUCAACACAGAUUGUUUUGUUUGCCCAAUAUGCCUUCACUGCACAAUAGAAAAGGUUUUUUCUAAAUAGGGAACUUUAUUUCACUUUCGCAAUGAAUGAUUUUUCACAGCAAAAUGUUUUCCCAGGUGUGGUGUAGACGUAGAUCACCACCACUAAUCCUUCACCACCCCAUGUCACUUUUUUUCACUGUUUGCCAUAUAUUCCUGAAUUGUUAGGGGGAAGUUGUUUCAUUUCAUCCUAUCAGUAAAAGCCAUACAUGGUUUCACUUCCAACACUCGCUUGCAAUUUCUCUUUCUUUCUGUUUAUAGGAAGUUUGAUUUUAUCAAUACAUAUAACGUAGUAUUCUAAAAAACAAUGACAAUGGUUCUAUAUAGAACCUUAUACCAGGGCCCUGUUGAAUGCUUUAUUCUGAUUGGUUGAGAAAUGCAGCCUUUCGUUUGAGAAACGGCCAUUGUAAUAUGGUUAGAUUGAAUAACUUCAUUUGAACUUGCCAUAGUUUGACUUUUAAUUGUUGACACUGACGAACAAAACACAGUCCAUCAUUUUAUUUUCCCAAUUAAAGCAACUUAAAAAAUUAUGCUACUUUUUCUGGCCCACACAGAUUUUUAGAGGUCCACCCAUUAAACACUUUCUGCACCGCCAGUGGGUUCAGCGGAAGCAAACUGAGAUGCGAAGCUACUCAUAAACUAAUAUAUUAAAUUCCUGACUUGUUAAUGUAUGAUUAUGUUAUGACUUUACUUGAUGAGCCACAUCAUUACUAAACUAACAUAAAUUCCUGACUUGUUAAUUUAUUAAUGGCUUUUCUUGGAGGGGAACAUCGUUAAAAAGUUAUCAGUUACACAUUGUACAUAUUCAGCUCAUCUAAAUCAUUCAAAAACAUUUCAAAGUGUUGUAUACCCAUAAAGGUACAAAAAUAGUACCACACCCCAGUGACAGUAAAAGGUACAGUUUUAAACAUUUUUUCUGACAGUGCACUACACAAGUGAACAUCAUGAAAUGUCUUUUCUUCUAAAAAUAUUUUAGUAAGAUAUUAGAGUAUAUAUGCAUGUAGAGAUUUUGACUUUUAUAUACAAAAAUCCCCUCUGAGAAAUAUUCACUGCAGGGUUAAAUUUCCCAUCUGCACGGAUGGUUGUGGGUUUAAUUCUGGUGAACACACAUACUGAUAAAAUGUAUACCUUGUAAUGCACUGUAAGUAGCAUCUGCCUGCAUAAGUAAAUCAAUAAAACGUAUGACAACUAAAAAUGAAAAUGACAACUAUGCAAGUAAAAGUGAAAGUAGUUUACCUGGCUCAGGUGAAAGUAACAGGGAGGAUAUUAAAGGCUGCACACUCUGUAUUACAGGUCACUCACAAAAAAUCUUUCAGGUAAGAACUAUAACCUUUAUGUAUUUUAACUGAAUACAAAACAAUGAAAUUGGAGAUAAUAAUCAUAUUAAUGGAUAUUACAUUGCUUUCUAUUAGAUUAGGUGAGACUGAGAAGUAUUUUGAUACUCGGACUUUCUUCACAACCCUUAAUAUUUUUUAAUUUUUUUGUUUUGUUUUGUAUAUUGACUUAUUUGUGCACUCUCAGAAAAAAGUGACAAAAGGUAUCACUGGGAUGAGUUUUGUGUGUUGUUAUUGUACUUUAAGCUUCGUUCCCUUUAUAACAGGUAGCUUCAUACUUGUUUUAAAUGAUUAAAUGAUCAUACUGCUUUAACAAUGACUGACAUGUAAAAAGCACAUACAUGUAUUUUGUUCAUUAGGUUGAUAAACUAAUUAUCAAAAGAAUGUGGUACAACAUGUGUCAAGUUUUUUUUUUUUAGAUAUUUCUGAGUUUUCGUAUGUGAGGUACAGUAAUCUUGCUUAUGGGAGUAAAGAGAAAAAGUGCAGAUGAGCACUUGAUAUGAGAAACACAUCCUGUUUUUAAAGGUAAUGUAUACAUGUUUCUUAGCUAAAUAAAUGCUUAAUGCUUAAAUAGUUAA